AUGCACGGCUACGGCGGCCGGGAGCUGCUAAAGGCAGCCUUCGCACCGGUGGCGGGUGACUCUGCGGAGGUCUUCAGCGAGUCGGCGAAGCAGUGGCUGCCGGCCACGGUGGUGGCCUGUGAUGGCCAGGUGGUGACGGUGGCCUAUGCCCGCAACGGCGACUCGGUGCACAAGGCUCUGCCGUUGGGCCACCCCUCGCUGCGACUUUCCGCGGCCAGCUCAGCGGCGCCGGCCGCGCCCGCCGCGCCGGCGAAGCCGGCGCGCCGGGUAUGCCGGCAGGGCGUGAAGUGCAAGGAACGGGGGGAGCACCUGAAGACCAUGGCGCACCCCUUCGAUCCGGACUACCAGCGCAGCUGCGCCCGCGAGGGCCUGGCAGCAGAGCCGGCGACGCUGCACGGGCUCUUCGCCUGGAUGGACACCGACGGCUCGGGGAAGAUCUCGCGGAAGGAGUUGGAGAGCGCCCUGCCGUUGUUGGAGCAGCUCCAAGGUGAACGCCUCACGUUGACGGAGGAGUCCUGGGAGGCCUUGGACGAGGACGGCAACGGCGCCGUGAACUUCAUGGAGUUCGCGCAGUGGGCGGGGCCUCGUUUAGGUCUGCCCUUGGGCAUCGGCCAUCUCUUCGAGGCGGCCUGUGGCAUCUUGGGCUGCCCCUGCCAGGGCUUCAAGGUCCACUUUGGCGUGGUGGACCUCAGGGACGUCUUCGGGGAGAAGAAGAAAAAGAAGGACAAGAAGCACAAGAAGGAGAAAAAGCACAAGCACGGCUUGGACUGGCACGAGACCAUGUGCAAAGAGGCAUCUCACCGCUUCGCAGAUCGUCUGCAGACCUGCGAGUGCGGGCACAAGCAGAUGGUGCACCGUCUGGGCUCCAGGGGGGUGGUCCCCUUCCCCGUGCAUUGGAUGGCGCCAGGCCGCGGACCAGACUUCUUUGAGAGUGUUCCCUUGGCGGAGGAUCACCUGAAGUUGCUCCAGCGCUUGAUGGACAGUACCUACAGCAACAUCUGGACCCGGGACAGGAAGAAGCAUCAUCCAGACAAUCCCAAUGUGCCGAGGGGCUUCAAAGUGCGGAGGGCCUUCCGCUUCGAGAAUAGCAGGUCUUGGUCAGAGUACGGAUACCGCCGGGCCGAGCUGAUGGCGGAUGCAAAGGACAAGGCCAUCCAAAGCUAUGACGUGCUCACUGCCAGGGAGUGGGCGUCCUACUCCCACGCCUUCGGGGUGGAGCAGUUGCAAGGGGCUUGCAACGAGUGGAUGCUCUUCCACGGCACCUCGCCCGCUGCUGCGCUGGCCAUCUCGAAGAACGACUUCAAAAUCAGCCUGGCCGGAGGCAGCACCGGCACCCUGUACGGCCGCGGCACGUACCUCGCGGAGUCCGUCACCAAGGCUGACGAAUAUGCCAAGCCCGCGGGGAACGAAUAUGCCAUGCUGCUGGUUCGAUGCCUUGGUGGCCGCGUGCGGUACUGCGAUGAGCUGGAGCCCGACGCAGAGGACUUAACCCAAGGCUGCAUCGAGGGCCCCUUCGACUGUGUCAUGGGCGACCGCCAAAAGUGUCGUGGCACGUACCGGGAGUUCAUUUUCUUUGACACCGAGAACCUCUACCCGGAGUACGUCAUCAUCUACGAGAGGUGCGGGCACUACUUCCACAGGAUGUGCUUCCGACGACAUCUUCGGGCGGCCAUCGGGAGUGAAAACCCCGACGCCGGCGCCUGCCCCAACUGCCGCGCGGCCAACGCCGCGGAGGGCACCAGCCACUGCGCCGCGCGGCCCUUGCGCUGGAGGAUCCAGGAGGACGUUACCUCCCAACCGCUGAAUUUGAGCAGAGAGUACCGCUUCCUGGCGGUCCUUUGCCAAGACCCCGAGGCGGUGCUGCACAGCGCCGUGUUCCUGACACAGACUGUCAUGAAGCUUGGCGACUGCCCAGAAGCGACCUGA